AUGGACUACCCUAUUGCAGAAGCUCGGAAAGGUCCAACACCCGCAAACCCGCAAUCAACAGCUUACCCGGUCAUGCCCACGGGGUGGAAAUACAAGAACUUGAAACUCGGCCCCAUUACUCUGCCUUGCUAUGCAUCGCCUGAGUCGCAGUUGAUUCUGGUGUCGUUCGUGUGCUUCCUGUGUCCAGGCAUGUUCAAUGCCCUAAACGGACUUGGUGGGGGAGGUCAGAUUGAGCUUGAUGCCAAUGCUAACAACGCUGCAAAUUGCGCGCUCUAUGCUACUUUUGCUGUGGUUGGUUUCUUCGCCGGCACUGUCACCAACGCCCUCGGCAUCAAAACUGCGCUCUCGUUUGGUGGCCUUGGAUACUGCGUGUAUGUGAGUGCAUAUCUAUGCUUCAAUCACACGAAGAACAUUGGCUACGUUAUCUUCUCUGGCUUGUUACUUGGGUGCUGCGCGGGCAUUCUCUGGUCCGCUCAAGGCGCGAUCAUGAUGUCGUAUCCACCAGAGAAACUCAAAGGUCGCUAUAUCUCCUGGUUCUGGAUAAUCUUCAAUUUGGGCGCUGUUGUUGGUAGUGUGGCUUCGCUUGGUUUGAACUACAACCAAUCCGAGAAUAAAGCUGUCAACGAUGCAACUUAUAUAGGCUUUUUGGUACUUACGUUCCUUGGAGCGUGCCUAUCUUGGACAUUAGUCGACGCUAAGGACGUUGUGCGUCGAGACGGCUCUAAAAUUAUCCUUAUGAAGCACCCAACCUGGAAGUCGGAAAUAUUCGGUCUUUGGGAAACACUUCGGAGUGAUCCCUACAUCAUUCUACUCUUUCCAAUGUUCUUCGCGUCCAACUGGUUCUACACAUACCAGUUCUCCGACGUGAAUCGUGUGCAAUUUACCACGCGUACUCGCGCCCUUAACAACACGCUUUACUGGCUAGCUCAGAUGUUUGGUGCUCUUGCCUUCGGGUUUGCACUCGAUUUUCCUUAUAUCAGGAGGACUACACGAGCAAAAAUUGCUUGGCUUGUCAUGUUUGGUCUUACCUUUGCGGUAUGGGGCGGGGGGUACGUUUUCCAAAGGCAGUACACGCGCGAGGACACGGAUCGGAAGGGCUAUGCCCAAUAUGACUGGACGUCAAAUGGCUAUAUCGGACCGAUGUUCCUGUACAUCUCUUACGGCUUCUAUGAUGCAGCAUGGCAGACGUGCGUGUAUUGGUUUAUGGGCGCUAUUAGCAACAACAGUCGCAAGCUGGCCAACUUUGCAGGCUUUUACAAAGGAAUACAGUCAGCAGGAGCAGCUAUAAUAUGGCGUUUGGACAUGAUGGGGAGUCCAUAUAUGAACCUGUUCGCUUCAUGUUGGAUUUUGCUGGCCGGCAGCCUGGUCAUUGCGCUCCCGGUCAUGCUCUUGAAGAUCAAGGACACUGUGCCGGUUGAGGAAGAUCUCAAGUUUACUGACGAAACUAUCGAAGACGUCAUUGGCCAUAAAGGUUUCUACAGCUCCCCUGCGCCAGAGAAGGUGUAA